UGAGGAUAGACCACGAUCGCAAUGGCGGUACGGCUAGUCAGUUUUGCGAUAUCGGGGAGGCGAGUCAACGUUUGUGUACACUGUUGUUAAGUUUGAAGCAUAAUCCAACGGAAAACAACCUCUGCAAACGUCGAUUCUUCCAGUCAUGUUUCAAUAUUGGCUGAUACUGGUUGUAUUAGAACGGUCCUUAGAUGCUGCUCUGAGCGUUUCUCAGGCCGAGAUUGACAGGCAUUUAGAACUAGGGAGGGAAUUUUUAGCCAGAGGUCAACUGCAAGAUGCCUUGUCCCAUUAUCAUGCCGCAGUGGAGGGUGAUCCGAAUAACUACCUCACAUAUUACAAAAGAGGUACGGUGUACUUAGCCCUCGGUAAAGCAAAGUUCGCCUUAUUUGAUUUGGACAAAGUUUUGGAAUUGAAGCCUGAUUUUCAUGCCGCUAGAUUACAGCGUGGUAACGUGUUGUUGAAACAGGCCGAAUUAGAUGCAGCUGAAGUCGACUUUCAUAAUGUGCUGGCAUUUGAUCCGUCGAACGAAGAUGCUUUGAAUGGGUUGUACAAAUUAUCUCCAGUCAGGGAGGAUAUUCAGCUGGCUGAAGUGUUAUCACAAAGUGGUGAUUAUCCAGCAGUUAUUCAGUUGAUAAAUCGAAUAAUAGAAGUUUGCCCUUGGGCAUCGCACCUUCGGGAACUGAGAGCCGAGAGCCAUGCAGCAUUAGGUGAUUACAUGAACGCUGUUUCUGAUAUACGAUCGACGACAAAACUUUUGGCCGACAAUACUCAGGGAUACUUCAAGCUCUCUUCGCUAUUGUAUCGCCUAGGCCAAGUCGACGAGUCUCUCAAGGAAAUUCGGGAGUGCUUAAAGUUGGAUCCGGAACACAAACAGUGCUUUCCACAUUACAAAAAAGUCAAGAAGAUUGCGAAGUUUAUAAACGAUGCAGAGACAUCUGAAGAGGCUAAAGAUUAUGAAAGUUGCAUUGACGGAAGUAAGCGUGUUCUCAAAAAUGAACCGCACGUACAAAAUGUGCGUUUUCUAGCUGCCCAAUUGCUCUGCCGAUGUCAUCUUGGUAACAAUGAUCCUGCUAAAGCUAUAGAAAAUUGUCACGACGCUCUCGAGAUCCAACGAGACCCAGGCCUAUUCUGUGAUAGGGCAGAAGCCUACAUUGCUGCUGAACAAUAUGACGAUGCGAUCAGGGAUUUCAAAGAGGCACUGGAAAUAGAUCCAAAUUUGCAAAGAGCUAAGGAUGGUGUUCAGAGAGCGCAGAGAUUGCAAAAGCAAUCAGAAUCCCGAGACUACUACAAAAUCCUUUCAGUUCCAAGAACCGCCUCCAAAAAGGAAAUCGUCAAAGCUUAUAGAAAGGCGGCUCAAAAAUGGCAUCCUGAUAACUUCCAAGAAGGGGAAGAGAAGAAGCGUGCAGAGAAAAAGUUCAUUGACAUCGCUGCAGCUAAAGAAGUAUUGACUGAUCCUGAAAAACGUGCAAAGUUUGAUCAGGGCGAGGAUCCGCUAGAUCCUGAAUCUGGACGACAACAAGGAUUCAAUCCCUUCCACGAAUUUUCACACUUCGCACGCCCUCACGGCUCACCCUUCCAAUUCAAGUUCCACUUCCCUUAGCAAAAUCAAGAAACUCAGUAGUUCUAUUGAAUUUUUAAUGACGACGAUAUACGAAAACACGUCGGGCAUUUGCUAUUACAACAAUAUGUAUAACUAAACGCACUGCAGAACUCCGCCUUUCUUUUCCUGUCGGUUAUCUAAUGGGUGUGAGUGAAUUUAAGUCGCAGACGUGCAUUUUAUAUCAAAUUGCUUGACCGAAUUAUCGAAGAGUACUGGAUACCAACGAAAUCGUAAUAGGACAGUCUCUAAUUUAUGCACAUUUUUCAAACUGCUCAUGAUUUUCUUGUUUAAGUGAAACAAGAGAUAAACGUUCACAAGAUAUUAUACUAGAAAUCUUCAGCAAACGCUUCAGAUACAUUUUAAAUUUUCGAUUCAAUGUUGUACAUUUAAAUUCAUGCGUUCAUACUGCCUGUAGUAAUCGAUAGCUUCAUCUCUUCAUAUCGCAAUUAUUACCAAAGCACUGUAAAUUGGGGUUCGAAAUUAUUAGGAUUACUUCCUGAAGUGGCUACGUCCCAUUCAAGCUGAACCCGAGUUCCGCUUAUUUAUUUACGAUAAAAAAUGUUCAGUAAUGAAGUGGUGAAAUACCUUGGGCAACCGUGUUUGUCACUUAGUUUUUUUUUUUUUUUUUUUUAUAUAGCCGCUGCAUACAACGAAUGUUUUCACUGAAACUGGGUUUACAAAAUCUAAUAGAAAUUACGUGAAUUCAUUCCUAACUACUCUUACUUUAUCUUCAAAGCAUUAUUAAUACCCAUAUGUUUAUUAUAAUCAAAACUUUGAAUCUGGUCGAACUAAAUACAUAAAUUAUCGUACUGAAAUAGGUUAUGAGAUAUUGAGAAAAUUUAUCAAAUUGUGCUCUGGGCUGAUCUGUUAUACCGUUACUUGGCUUUCGUGUUACGAAAAUAAAAUUUGACAAAUUCUAACAAUAGUUUGACCGAAUUUUUUAGCAUCUUAUUUUUGGGAAGCAGAACUACAAUCUUUGUCGAAAGAUGCAAUAACAGAUUUUACUGUAUCAAACUGUAUGAUAUCUAUGAGUAAUCGUUUCAAUUGCUCUCACGUUUUUAUUACAUUGCUCUUUGACCCUAAAUUUAAAUUACUUCAGGUUGAAAAAUAUACUUUUAAGGUACAGCAGCAUCACUUGUUAACAAGACUGCAGCACAUAAUUGGUAAUAUGCUGGAGUCCUCUUUACUGAUUGCGUUUACGUUCCAAAGUUUACAUUUUCAUUGACUCGCAUUUAUUUAUUCGUAAAAGAAUAUGUAACUUUACAUUCAUAUGAUUUACAAACACAUGUCGAGGUCUUACGGUAAAGGAUAUAUAGUUAUACAUAUUGAAAGCACACCUUCUUAUUUCGUUCUGGUAUCCACUACUCUUCCUUUUUCUGAUUCGGAAUAGGCAAUUAGUGUAAAAAAAAAAGAAUCAGGCUGCCUGAAAUUAAUUUUUAUCGCAUUACUUGCUAGUGGGAUUAGAAACAGUUUGCGAUUCUGCAACUGGGCGUGAAAAAGUUGGUGAAUCUUCUACACGCACACGGAACUUUCAGUUAACUCCUCGUAUUUCGAGAGAUAUCAAUGUUCCGAUCUUAUUCACAGAGUAGACACAGAUUUCUCUCAAUUGCCAAACAGCUAUUGCGGAUACUCGCGUGAAGCCGUUAAUAAGUUUCUAAUCUUCGUAGGUGCAAUUAAUUGUUGCGAAGUUCUCUUUAAUAUGAUAAAAAAAAAUCGAAACGACGUGUGAAGUGAACAGACUUCCAGGGUCCAAAAGACAUUGUUAUAGCGUGAAUAAUUAAUUUUUCUUUUGUAAAUGUUUUAUUUUUACCCUUAGAAGUCUCAACACGUAUAUUAUUAUAUACAUACAGGACGAGUGAUGUAAAUCUUUGGAUAGUGAGUAUCAUCUCUACUCGUCGUAAUCCAAAACAAAAGCUACGGAAUAGGUGCCACUUCCCUUUUGAUCAAAAGCGGUGGGUGUAUGUAUACGUGCAUGAUUGUACAUACUUGUAAUUUGUGCAUCAAAUUAUGCCGAUACUUAGAUGCUGGGCUAUUAUGUGUAGUCUUGUAUCCCGAGAAGUUGGCAUAUAUACAAAUGCGCGCGUGUGUGUGUGUGUGUGUGUUCUUGUACAUACUGUGUCACUGAUAAGUUUGUUUAAAAAUAUAUUUGAAUAAUUUAUAUUA